CUCCCGACUAGCGGUCCCAGCCAGGGAAAUGGGCCCGCGAGCGCAGCCCGCGCUGCUGCUGCUGAUUCUCCUGCGGACUUUGGCCGCCCAGGGCCGGUCGCCACGAUCACACUGUCUGCGAUACCUCUUCAUGGGUGCCUCCGAGGGGGGCCUGGGGCUGUCCCUCUUUGAGGCCUUGGGCUACGUGGACGACCAGUUGUUCGUGGCCUAUAAUCACGAGACUCGUCGCGCGGAGCCUCGUGCUGGGUGGAUCUCGGGCGCGGCCACCAGCCAGCUGUGGCUGCAGCUGAGUCAGAGCCUGAAAGGGUGGGACCACAUGUUCAGCGUUGACUUCUGGACCAUCAUGGACAACCACAACUACAGCAAGGCAACAAAGCCAGGGGUGUUGCCAGAGCCCCACACGCUGCAGGUGGCCCUGGGCUGUGAAGUACAGGAGGACAACAGCACCAGGGGCUUCUGGAAGUAUGGGUACGAUGGGCUGGACCAUCUCGAAUUCUGCCCCGAGACGCUGGACUGGAAAGCAGUGGAGCCCACAGCCCAGGUCACCAAGCUGGAAUGGGAAAAUAUUAAGAUUCGGGCCAAGCAGAACAGAGCCUACCUCGAGAGGGACUGCCCGGAGCAGCUGCGGCGCUUACUGGAGCUGGGGAGAGGGGUUCUGGACCAGACAGUGCCUCCUCUGGUGAAAGUGACCCGCCACAAAGCUUCCACAGGGACCACGCUGCGGUGUCAGGCUCUGAACUUCUACCCCCAGAACAUCACCAUGGUGUGGUGGAAGGACAAACAACCGCUGGACACCAAGGAUGCCACUCCUAAGGACCUGCUGCCCAGUGGGGAUGGGACCUUCCGGGGCUGGGUGGCUUUGACUGUGCCCCCUGGGGAAGAGCAGAGAUAUUCCUGCCGUGUGGAGCACCCAGGCCUGGGUCAGCCCCUCAUUGCCAGCUGGGAGUCCUUGCUGCCCGACACCCUGCUCGUUGGCGUCAUCAGUGGGACUGCUAUUUGUGUCAUCAUCUUUAUUGGGAUUUUGGUCCGAAUCUUAAGGAAAAGGCAGACUUCCAGGCGAGCCAGGGGGGACUAUGUUCUAUCGGAAUAUGAAUGAAGUGCCACCUGCAGCCCCUUGGUGGGAAGGAAAGAGACACAAAGAGAGGGUGUACUGUGGCCUUUGUCCUGUUUCAAGACAGAGCUGGACCUAACAAGUAGAAACCACCAACGGAACUCUCUGUUCUUAGCCUUCCUUGCUCAUUCACGCACAAAAAGUUACCCCAUGUAGGUGUUGAGUUCCUGCAUAUUAAGCAUUGUCAGCUGUGACCUCACCCCAGGAACUCACUAGCCCUCAUGAAUCUCAAGCUGCAUCUGGAACAUGUCUGCAUUGAACAUAGCACUUCAGACUCCAAAAGCCCGCUUCAUUUCAUCUCCUUCUUCUGGAAGAGGACUUCUUAAAUGUGGGGGGCUUCAAGGUUUUUUGCAGCAGCUAAAAAUGCUGAGAACUUUUUCAGGACAUGCACGUUCAUACCCCUACCAGGAUUUUGCCCACACAUCCAGGCAUUUCUUAGAGACACUCACUUUCUUUGAAUCCUCCCUCUCCCAACUCCCGCCUACCCCCUUUAUUCAGUAAUUCAAGGCCAAGCCCUGUGGUCUCUUCUAGCAGAGAGGGAACUCAGUCACUGUUUGGCUGUGAAAGCUGUGCACUGUACCACCCAACGAGGUACCUUUUCCAGAAGCAUACUGCGUGUUGUAUUCGCGAUUUGUACAGGUUUACUCCGAGGUCUUUUUCUCUCAAGUUUUACUGUCUUUGGUUAGUCCUCCUGGACUUUCUGACCUCAUCUCUGGAGUAUGUUUUGGUUAGCCCAUCUUAGAAUUUGCUAAGAAGCCCCUAACUCUUCUGAAGCCCCUGUCUGCACUGUCCCUGAAGCUGCCUAAUUAACCCUAACUUGCCCCCAGACUCAUUAGGGUAAUUUUCCAAAAAGUCAGUGGGAUGUGUUUGGAAGAGUGUUUUUGUUUUUUCUUUCUAAUUUGAACAAAAGUGUCAUAGCUAUUUCUUCAGAUUAGUGAUGCCUUUGUAUUUAUCAAUGUAAUGCCCUCUGGUGUCAGACUAGCAGCGCUGACCACAGUAAUUUUCCACUUGGUCUCUGCAGACCCCUCUCCUUGUCCUGUUAAAGAAAAUGAUAAUAAAGGUGAUGAUGGUAUUCAUAAUAAUCUUGCUGAUACUUACCCAAAAAGCAUUUACUUGGUGCCAUACUCAGUUCUGAGCACCUAAUUACAGUUAUUAUCUCACGUAAUACUUAUAAAACUUCUUUGAUGUAGCAAUAAGUAUUAGUAGCACUAUUAGUAAUACUGUGUUAGAUGAAAGAAGUCCAGACUAUGCCACGGUUGCCAGGGAUAGAGACAGGUUUCAAACUCAGGAUGGUUUAAGUAUGUGGAAUAAAUGGAAAAGGAAGGAGACAGCUCUUCUCUGGUCUCAUCCUUAUUCUUCAGCAACUUGACCCAAAUGUCUCCCUGGCAUCUCAGGCCCCUGCCAGCACUGCAAUUGAUAGUGUCAGUUAAUGGCUGCCUCUGACCUCGGUGUCCUCCGUCACCAGAACCUCUGGACUCGGGACCCUGGUGGCUUUGUCU